AUGAGUGUUAACAUGGCUGCAAUCAUUGGUAAUUUAGGCCCUUUUGACGAGAAAUCUGAGAAAUUUAGUGAUUAUGCCGAUCGAUUUGAAGCAUAUGUUGCGAAGGUGACAUCGACGAUGACAAAAAAGUGAAUGUUCCUGUGGCUGUUAGUGGUCCAGAUGCUUACAAGUUGUUGAAGAAUUUGUGCAAUCCAGACAAUCUUAAUACAAAGACGUUUACACGGUUGACGCAGCUUUUGCAGGGACACUACAAACCUGCUCCCAUUGUUAUUGCUGAAAGACACAAGUUCUGGACUGCAUCACAAGGGGAGAGCGAGAGUGUAUCAGAAUUUGUCGUUAGACUGAAGAAAUUGGCUUCGACCUGCAGCUUCGCCGAAUUUCUAUCUAAAGCCCUAAGAGACAGACUAGUUUCUGAAUUACAUUCGAAAAUGUCCAAAACUCAAUGUCACUUCCUGUCGAUAAGAGAUUUGACCUUCGCGGUUGCACAUGACAAGUGUGUUGCAGAUGAAAUGGUAUAG